UGUCGGGAAAGGCAGUUGCAUCCGGGUCUUUGUGAGGUAAUUUGACCGCCCACGACGCUGCUGUGGAGAUCGAGGGCGCCGACGCCAGCUGGAUUCGGCCAGUUUUGCCUCUCUUCAGUUGGGAAGCUGAGAAAACCGGAACUGGCGCCAUACGUGCUCUAGCGACCUCGUGGUCUCCGGCCUCCGGUCUAGAGCCUGUUGAAGGAUCUUGACGUCACCGGCGGCGAAGACACGAGUGAAUGAAUGUUCAAUUUUAUGACAGAAUUGGGUAAAUAAUUUUAGGGUUUGGUAAGUUUUCCUAAUCAAGGAAUUUAGGGGAAGAACAACAAUCAUAAAUCACAUUACAAAAUUUUGAAAAAGAAAAAGACUCGAAGAAUGUCAAGAUGAAGCAGUAAUAAACCGCCAACUCCAAGACCCGUCGUCGACUCCAGAACCUUCUACACGGACUUGGAUUGUCUGAAUUACUGAAACGUAACGCUUCUAAGUUGUUUAGGACACAGGUUUAUGACGUAAUUCCAAAAUAUUCCAUCAUAAUCGUUGAGAAGAAGGACUCGAUUGUAGUUCUUAAUAUCUGGCUGUAUUUUGGAUAGAUUUCUUUUUAGGCAACUUCGUUUUAGCUGAUAUUAGGCACACAGACAUAACUUUACUGGACUGAAUCCUGGAAAAAUCUGUUGAGUUCCAUGUCUUUCUGAGCGGAGAAUAGAAGAUUUGGAGACCAUUGCAGUCAUGGCUUUCACAAAUUACAGCAGUCUGAAUCGAGCUCAACUAACUUUUGAGUAUCUGCACACAAAUUCAACUACUCAUGAAUUCUUGUUUGGUGCUCUUGCUGAACUGGUUGAUAAUGCAAGAGAUGCUGAUGCCACCAGAAUAGAUAUUUAUGCUGAAAGGCGAGAGGACCUUCGAGGAGGAUUUAUGCUUUGCUUUUUGGAUGAUGGAGCAGGAAUGGAUCCGAGUGAUGCUGCAAGUGUGAUCCAGUUUGGGAAGUCAGCCAAGCGAACACCAGAGUCCACUCAGAUCGGGCAGUAUGGAAAUGGGUUAAAAUCAGGCUCAAUGCGUAUUGGGAAAGAUUUUAUUCUCUUCACCAAGAAAGAAGAUACCAUGACCUGUCUCUUCCUGUCCCGCACCUUUCAUGAGGAAGAAGGCAUUGAUGAAGUGAUAGUUCCAUUGCCCACCUGGAAUUCUCGGACCCGGGAACCUGUCACAGACAAUGUAGAAAAGUUUGCCAUUGAGACAGAACUCAUCUACAAGUAUUCUCCUUUCCGCACUGAGGAGGAAGUGAUGACUCAGUUCAUGAAGAUUCCUGGGAACAGCGGAACCCUGGUGAUUAUCUUUAAUCUCAAACUCAUGGACAAUGGAGAGCCCGAACUAGACAUAGUCUCAAAUCCGAAAGAUAUCCAGAUGGCAGAGACCUCCCCAGAGGGAACGAAGCCAGAGAGGCGCUCUUUCCGUGCCUAUGCUGCGGUGCUCUAUAUUGACCCACGAAUGAGGAUAUUUAUCCAUGGACACAAGGUGCAGACCAAGAGGCUCUCCUGCUGCCUGUACAAUCCUAGGAUGUACAAGUACACAUCAAGCCGUUUCAAGACCCGUGCAGAGCAGGAGGUGAAAAAAGCAGAGCACGUAGCUCGGAUUGCUGAAGAGAAGGCUCGGGAGGCAGAAAGCAAAGCUCGGACUUUAGAAGUACGACUGGGUGGAGAUCUCACGCGGGACUCUAGGGUGAUGUUGCGGCAGGUUCAGAACACCGCCAUCACCCUGCGUAGAGAAGCUGAUGUCAAGAAGAGGAUUAAGGAGGCCAAACAACGAGCACUCAAAGAACCUAAGGAAUUAAAUUUUGUUUUUGGUGUCAACAUUGAACACCGAGACCUUGAUGGUAUGUUCAUCUAUAACUGUAGCCGCCUCAUCAAAAUGUAUGAGAAAGUAGGCCCACAGCUGGAAGGGGGCAUGGCAUGUGGUGGGGUUGUUGGUGUCGUUGAUGUGCCCUACCUGGUCUUGGAGCCUACGCACAACAAGCAGGACUUUGCUGAUGCCAAGGAGUACCGGCACCUGCUUCGGGCAAUGGGGGAGCACCUAGCACAGUACUGGAAGGACAUUGCCAUUGCCCAGCGUGGAAUCAUCAAGUUCUGGGAUGAUUUUGGCUAUCUUUCUGCCAACUGGAACCAGCCCCCAUCUAGUGAGUUGCGUUUCAAACGCCGGAGAGCUAUGGAAAUCCCAACCACUAUCCAGUGUGAUUUGUGUCUGAAGUGGAGAACCCUCCCCUACCAGAUGAGUUCAGUGGAAAAAGAUUACCCUGACACCUGGGUUUGUUCCAUGAACCCUGAUCCUGAGCAGGACCGGUGUGAGGCUUCUGAACAGAAGCAGAAGGUUCCUUUGGGAACAUUGAAAAAGGACACAAAGACACAAGAAGAGAAGCAAAAGCAGCUGACAGAGAAAAUUCGCCAGCAGCAGGAGAAGUUAGAGGCUCUUCAGAAAACCACACCUAUCCGCUCACAAGCUGACCUGAAGAAAUUACCCCUAGAAGUGACUACCAGACCGUCCACUGAGGAACCUGCGCGGAGAUCUCAGCGUCCUCGGUCGCCCCCAUUACCUGCUGUGAUCAAGAAUGCCCCGAGCAGACCCCCUUCCCUGCAGACUGCCAGGUUAACCAACCAAUCUCGAAAGGCUCCUGUCAUCAGCAGCUCCCCAAAGCCUCCUGUUCUGACAGCCCGGGCAGAAGCCAGUACCUCCCGGCUGCUCAAUUCAGCUGAUCCACCCCGAAAGCCUCUGAGUGUUCCCAUCAAGGCUGCAUCCCGGCCUGCCCCUGUGGUGCAGCCAUCGCCAUCAUCUCUACUGCCCAACGCCAAGAACCCUCGAGAGAUCCCUCCCCCCAAAGCCAUUAAGAAUCCAGUGGUCAAGAAACCAGAGCCGCCAGUUAGACUCUCUGCGGCUAAUCGGAAGCGGAGUCUUGUGAUCUCUGAUGAGGAAGAUACUGAGGAAGAAGCUGAGAAGAGGAAGGAGAGGUGCAAACGGGGCAAGUUUGCUGUGAAGGAGGAAAAGAAGGAAUCGAAUGAGGUCACUGGAGAUGCCUCCUUGCAGCAAUCAGACAGUGCUGGGGAAGAGGACCAAGCUGAACUCAAAAAUGCUCAGAAAGAUAAAGGGCUGCACGUAGAGGUUCGUGUGAAUAAGGAGUGGUACACUGGCCGUGUGACAGCUGUUGAAUUGGGCAAGAAUGUGGUACGGUGGAAGGUGAAGUUUGACUACGUGCCUACAGACACAACGCCAAGAGACCGCUGGGUGGAGAAAGGCAGUGAAGAUGUGCGGCUGAUGAAGCCACCUUCUCCAGAGUAUCAAAGCCCUGACACACAGCAAGAAUGUGGAGAAGAAGAGGAGGCUGUGUUGGUCCAGCAGCCUGUGGCUUUGGUGGAGCCCUCUACCUCUGACUGUGCCCGCAUAGAGCCAGAUACCACUGCCCCAAACACCAGCCAUGAGACCAUUGACUUGCUGGUCCAGAUUCUCCGGAAUUGCUUACGGUAUUUUCUGCCUCCGAGUUUUCCCAUCUCCAAGAAGGAGCUGAGUGUUAUGAAUUCACAUGAGCUAAUAUCUUUUCCUCUGAAAGAAUACUUCAAGCAGUACGAAGCGGGACUCCAGAAUCUGUGCAAUUCCUAUCAAAGCCGUGCUGACUCCCGAGCCAAGGCCUCUGAGGAGAAUUUGCGUACCUCUGAGAGGAAGCUCCGUGAGACAGAGGAGAAACUGCAGAAGUUGAGGACCAACAUUGUGGCUUUGCUGCAGAAGGUCCAGGAGGACAUAGACAUCAACACAGAUGAUGAGCUGGAUGCCUACAUCGAAGACCUCAUCACCAAGGGGGACUGAGAGGCCGGGAGCCAGAGAUCCACUUCCCACUCCCUGCCCUUCAAUACAGCAGCUUCCUGGGAAGGAGGGUGCCUUCAUGAGCUGCUGGACUGAUACUUGUUUUGACUCAUAGGACAUGUGUGCUUUUGGAGGAAAAGACUCUUGAAUCUUCCUCCCUGUUUAUAAAUAUUUAUUUUUUAAAGAGACGAUGCUGCGCCUGCUGUGAGACCAUACAUUUUGUGCCUGACUCUCAGGUACAGGAUGGAAAACCUUCCCAUUUUUGCCACACUGGGUGACUGAGCCUGAGCCACUUCAGCUUCUGGCUCCUCACAGUAGUGGUGAGGGUAGUG